UCUCCCUCUCCCCGCUUCCCACCCCCCGGCCCCCAUCUCGAGGGUGCCUUUUCCUAUACCAUGCAUAGUUCCAUGUCAUGCCGUGAUGAUUCCCCUCCCCCGCCAGCGAGUCUGCUAACCGGGGUGCCUCGAACAGUAACCAUCCUUACCCGGCCGAUAUGCGUCGCAACGAGCAGCAGCGCAUGGAGUUUCCCUACGGCGCCCAGCCCAACAUGGCUGCGCAGCAGCAACACCACCCAACGCCAGUCCAGCCGCCCAUGAGCGUAUCGCAGCAGCCGCCAAAUGGCCCGCCGUCCCAGCAGCAGACGCCGACUCAGCAGCCCUCGGUCCAGCCGCCUAAUGCCCGUCCUAGGAAGCGACCGGCUCAAAAUGCUGCCCCUUCGCCCGCCACGGCCGCCGCUCCACCUCCCGUGCCCCCGGUCCAGGGUCAGCCUCCGGCGCCCACGCCGCCCGCUCCUCAGGCCGCUCCUCCGUCGCAGCCACCGCCUGCUGCGACCGAGGACGCAAACGCCGCUGCCGCUGCCGUGCCUCCUCCCGCUAAGAAGAGCCGGACCAACACGCCCUGGACUCCUCAGGAGGAGCUGCGAUUGAAGCAGAUGCGAGAUGCCGGAAACAGCUGGGCUGAGAUUGCCAAGACCUUCCCCACAAGAACAGAGGGCUCCGUGAAGAAGCACUGGUACAAGGAUAUGCAUUAUGCUGAGUUUGCCGAAGACGAAGCGCUGUUGAACGCUAUUAAAGAGUACGAGAACAACAAAUGGAAAGUCAUCGGACAAAAAGUUGGAAAACCAGCAAAGGCCUGUGAGCAGUAUGCGAAGGAGCAUUUUCCAGGUAUGCUUACAGUCUUUGGCCGGUAGGGGUUAACCGCAACGAUCGAGGUCCCGCUAACUCUCAUACAGAUCUCUUUGGCAAUC